ACGUCAGACUGAUUUUGAAGGUUCACCUGUCAACAUCCGUCAUAGCUUUUGCUUCUGCAUUUGCAUUCAUUCUGCGAUUUCACACUGCUAUUCAACGAGACAACUUGCACAGAAGAAGAUUCCUACGAGAUGAGAUGGAGCCACGACGAUCUACGAGGAUUCGGCGUCGCCCUGCCUGGCACGCCGACUACGUGAUGGACUUCCCGGUGCGGAAGUCCAUCAGGCAGCAGAGGGUGGGGGCUGGAGAUGGUCUCCAGCAGACAGAGGAGAUGGCACUGCCUUCUCACCAUCUUGUGCUUGAUCUUCCUGAGGAGGAGCUUGAACAAACUGAAGAGGUGGCAUCGCCGUCUUGUCAGUCUGUGAUAGCUCACCCUCAGGAGGAUGCUGUACAGGAUGAGGGGAUUGCAGCGCCAGCUCCCAAGCCUGUGAUUGAUCUUCCAGAGAUGGAGCUUGAACAAACUAAGGUGAUGGCCGUGCCAUCCUCUCAGUUUGUAAUAGUUCCCUCUCAGAAAGAUCAUGGCUUUGCAUGGGCCUGGGAGAUGGUAUCGCUAUCUUCUCUGGCUGCUGGAGAACAUCCUUCCUGGCUUCCAUUUCGAUGCUGGCCGCCGCUGGAAGUGAUUCCCCAGGAUAAGCCACCACCAGAGGGGAAGUCCGACAUUGGACGCAUCAUUACGGCUACGGACUGUUUGGAGUGGAUGUUAGGGAUUGGGACUUUCUUUCUGAAAGACAGACAGACAAAGAGACCAACAAUCAGACAGGGAAACAAUCAGACAAACAGACAGACAAAGAGACAAAUGAGACAAUUAGACAAACAGACAGCCUUAAAGACAGACAGACAAAGAGACAAACAAUUGGACAGGGAGACUAUCAGAAAAACAGACAGUCAGAGAGACAAAGAGUCAGACAAUGACACAUUCACACAGACAGACAAAGAGACAAACAAUCGGACAGGGAGACAAACAGACAGACAAUGA